CAAUUAGGAUCAAUAACCAUGUAGAUAGACAGACAAGCUUGGUUUGAGAGUAGCUGACCCGGUACCAGAGAAAACCCAAUCCGGAACUCCAAUUCUGGAAUGUAUUCCCCACAGCUACCCCUGGCGCGUACGCGCGUGUUAUCUUCUUCUUCUUCCGAGAUGGAGGAGAAACCAGACUUGUUCGGAGGUUUGGAAUCUUCGCUGCUUCAUCUCAUCAACCUUCACAACAACUCCUAUCUCCUCCUCCGCGACCACACUGAGAAAGCGAAGAAAGAUGCGAUUCGAAGCGCGAUUCGAGUUUCGGAUCUGUUGGUGGAGACUGUGAAUGGAGGAGUAAAAGAAUCGUUCGUGAAUGAGAAGCGAAUCGAGCUCGAGAUUCGGUCUUUGGCGGCCACAAUCAUGCGUUUCGCUAAGCAGACUGAUCAGUGGCUUAGUGUUUCUCGUUCUAUCAACACUGCUAUCAAGGAAAUUGGAGAUUUUGAGAACUGGAUGAAGACCAUGGAAUUUGAUUGUAAAAGCAUCAAUGCUGCAAUCUGCAACAUUCACCAAGCAUAACCUCCCACGGCAAGUGCUCAAGCCCUUUUAUGUAUUUGUGUUAUGUAAACUAAUGGCGUGGAUCUAUUGGACAAGAUUUAGCAGAGGCUUGAAAAUCUUCUGGAUAUAUUUUUCUUUUCUUUCUUCCCUCCCGAAAAGGCAUUAUCCUUUUUUUGUUUGUGGUAGUUCCUUGCAUUUAUUUGUGGGGCUGGAAUGGAUUCGACAUCUUCUUCUGGGUCCAUGGUCCUUUUCUAUGAUAUUUAUGUGUAUUUGCUAUAAGCUAUAAAAUAUUAGGUUUUGAGGUAUUAGACUUUGGGAGUUUAUUGUGCAAAUCUAUGCGAUUUAUUUUUAGUCUCAUUUUA